GCGGUGACUGAUGCAGUUAAAAAUAGAGUAAUUCUCUUCAUCCAGCACUCUUACUUCUGUAUUUGUCCCCUCAAAAUUUUAGAUGGCGAAGGUCGUCGUUUCAAAAAUUUUAGACUACGAAUGUCAACAUCAUUGUUUCAAGAAAUGAACCCUUAGUAUUAAGGACUUGAAGAACUCCUCAAUCUCAAGAACAUCUUUUUCUUUUAUAAAUACAUCAAAACAAGAACAUCAGAGCAAGAACAUCAGAACAAGAAUAUCAGAGCAAGAACACCAGAGCAAGAUCAUCAGAACAAGAAUAUCAGGACAAGAACAUCAGAACAAGAACAUCAGAACAAGAACAUCAGAACAAGAACAUCUGAACAAGAACAUCAGAACACGAACAUCAGAACACGAACAACAGAACACGAACAACAGAACAGCAACAUCACCCUUUUCUUUUAUAGAUACAACAGAAACACUCACACAACUACAAGAAGAGCCAACAAGAUGGCUGUGUCGAUACUUAUGAAGUUCUGCUUGUGUAGUCUAGCAGCCUCCAUCGUCCUCGUCCCUUCUUGGUUUGUCGUCACGCCACUAGUCACCGCAAUCCAUCACAAGACGAAGAAGAACGAAGAAAGUGCCAACGCAUUUUUGGCCUUAAUAGCCGCAGAUGAAAAUACUGAAAAUCCUCCUGAUGAUCCUAAAACUGUUGAAGCGCCUUAUGGUCUAAGAUGGAAUCCAUCUGCAUUCGGCGAAGGUCCACCUCCACCCGGCGAAAGUCCACCUGCACUGGUUCUCGAACCCCCAGCAUCACUUAAGCCGACGCGGAUGUUUGCCAACUUGCGGCAUAAAGCCGGCAGAUGGCUCCGCAAUUCGAAGUGUUCACCUGAAAGGCAACAAGAGGCCGUCGCAGCCUGGUGCCCACGACUGAAUCCGAUCGAGUGGAACGGCUUCUCCCCCCUAAAAAAUACACAGGCCGCCUCUCUCGCGGGUCCUCCCCAACAAAGAAGUGAGGAAUGCGCGACCGCGUUAAUAUACUCGGCUUUAAGGUUUCUGGAGGAAAUCCAUCCUCUAUAACGCAUCUAUUGGGUUCGUAUUCUACGUAGGAAUCACGGAAACUGUAACCACUCUCAAGAUGCUGCAAAGGACAAUUAGGAGGAUGAAUUCCUUCCGAAACAUCUAAACAUAAAACAUGAAACUUCACCUACUAAAGGUAAGAGUACUAUCAUAGUUCCUUGUGAUACUGAUACCUCCCCUCGUGGCGUUUUCUUCGGUUACGAGAAUGAAGCCGCAUUUACCGAGACGCUGAAUCAGGCUUACAAACAGGUGAAAGACGCAGGCUUGGAUUUGGAACUCCAGCUUAUGCACGGAAAUAUUUUUUAGAACUGGUAGGUAUUGAAAUUGGAAACUGGGUGCACUAGACUACAUUUCUAAAUAUGAAUAUUUGUAUCAUGAUCAAUGGACGAAGAUGGAGUAUAAGUAAGUCGAACUUCUAAUAAAGCGAUGCGCCCUGUAGGGUCCCGCGUGAAAGGGUUUGGAUACAACUUGUAUGUUCGGGUCGUGGUUCCGAUGCUGUUGACGAAAAUAAGCGGACGAGUAUGGUGGCCCUUCUACGAGUACGUUGCUAGCAACUUCCACGCGAAUUUGGUCGCGAACGGGAUUCUCCGACAUGCUUAUGAGUAGUUUGUUCUUCAUCUUCCUUGCGCACUGCCAACCUUCAAUUUCUAGCCAUGCUGCCGCUUUUUCGCGAUAGGAGUUUCAUUCAUUUGGUAGAUAGGUAAUUGCUGGUGAGAAAUUGAAGAGCGGUCGUGCGCCCUUUUCUAAUGUUUUAAAUUUGAUGUUGUCCAGGGUACUGAGGAUGCCAAGAAGCGACAAGAAGAAUGUCAACAAAGAGAACGUGGCUGGACACAUGCGCUUCUCGAAGCAAAGGAAAAGGCAAGGCAGGCUCGGUUUAUUUGGCAUUUGCGGAAGUUAUGCGGAAGGCUUAUCAAUGAGUAGAUCACUAAAACAACUCAUCAGGGUCAUCAGGGUACGGCCAGCUUCAGACACGCUCAACUCCGUCGUGCUCUUGGAUAUUCCGAUGAUGAGUAAGAGCACUACUUUCUUUCAGUCUUUUACUUCUAAGAAUGCUAGACUUACGCGCUCGGUAGCACUCACCCCACCAGAAUCGUCCACCCUCUGCACGCACGUCCCCCGCCAUUGCGUGGCCCCGCUUGCCCGGCGCCCUCCCUUCGCGAAAACUGUCGGGUGGCGUUCAGUUGAUCGGUGGAACAGCACAAGGGCCGGGCGCCUGGCGGCAUGCGGCUACUGAAAGGGCACGCCUAGAAAUGGCAGACCCGGGGGCCUGCUGCUUUUCUGUUAGGUUUGGCACCUUUGCAGAAGGCUGAAGCGUUUGGCCUUCUAUUGGUCACGGUCUGAAUCUUUGAAAUUACGACAAAGACCCACACGACCCGAAGGACCAAGGUCAUCAAAGUGACCAAGGCCGCCAGGUGAAUCAGGUAACCCAUCGGGCCCAUCCUCAGCGCGUUGGCCUCAGUUGGCGGGGCUUCGCUGGUUCUCAGGUGGCCGCUAGCAAACUCAGCCGGGGCGCCAUCUGGCCGCCUGGCGGGUUUACCGUUGCGCGUGUGCCUUCUGGCUUCUCCUCUCUCUCGUUCGUUGUUUCAAGUCUCUCAGCUUAGUCAAGGACAAAGCGCCACCGUAAAGAGCUCGGGGAAGCCUACAGACCUAAACGCACCCGGCGCCAAAGUCAAUGGCGGGCCUUCAACGUUUCCAGGCAGGAAAAACUGGGCAUCUUCAUCACUGUAGCUGGGUCCCUAUCGUCGUGUCAGUUCUGAUAAGUUCAGAGCGCGCAUAAAGAUCGUCGCGGGGUAUCUAUUCUAGUGGUGAGCCCCAUGCGGUCUGGCGUGUAUCGAUAUCCACCCAGUAGGCUUAAUCAGGUCCAGAAGAGUUUCCACAUAGGUGGCCGCGUGUGUGAAGCUGAUGGCGAUAGUGUAAUGGUAUCCAUAUGAACGCGGGGGACUUUCUCGACCAUUAUACCCCAAGAAGCGGUGGAGACAGACGAGACUCCCUCGCAGCCCCAAGGAAUAGAUACGCAGAGGGACCAAACCAGCCAGAGGGCAUUAGCCUCGGGCUGUAGGUUCAGUCCCAUUAAUUUGCAUCAGCGCCGCCGGCUUAGCAGCGUUUGCUCUUGUGGUCCAACACUUUCAAACUUCUAAAGUUCGCCUAUCUCGAAGAAACUGGAAGGCUUUGUUGCUAAUUUUUUUCAAGUUCUUGUAAGGCCCUACAGCCUUCCAGACAUUACGCCCCUGGCAGGCUUGUCCUUGUUAUUGUGGUGGUGGUGUUACUGCGUAACACCCACAACCUAAACUGCAUGCAUUUUCGUGCUGUUCGUAUGCGCGUGGUGGUAUUGUACUGACUGGCCAUCCAUAGAUAACCGCCACGCGCCAUCAUCUUAAGGGGAUUCCCUUUGGCAUAAGGAUCCUGGCCGCUAUGAUCAUCAUCAGAAGACCCCGAGCCUUGAGCCUUAUAGAAUUCACAUCAGUCAGCCAGAACAUUCAGAAGGAGGAAGACGAACGCAAGCGGAGAACCAACAGACCAAGAAGGAAGAGCCAAACGAUUCAACUCAGGGAAUGCGGAGCGCCGAGCGAUUUGCUUGGGCCUUGGUCUUCAUGCGUAACCGUUCACCGCUCUUCGAUAAUGCAAAAACUCUGCCACUUUCGCGCACUCAAGCUGAGGCCCUCGGCUUUUAACCUCUCACGCAAAGGCUGAACUUAAGCGCCAGGGCCGCGCGUUGUCGGCUUCAGGCUGUCUGAAGACUCGAAGGCAUUGCGUCCAGUUUUUUUUUUUUCUUUCUAAAUUUUACCCGUCAGAAACUUUACCACUUUCUUCUGUGGUUUCAGAUUUGAAGCACCGACCUAAACUCUUUCAAAAUCUUAAAGCUUGCAACUUUACCCAAAAAAAUAGACUUUCUGAAGCGCCAGGGUAGCGCGCCACUGGAACGCGCAGCGGAUUCAUGAUGUAGGUUAAUAAUCUAGGCUAAUCAUAUAGGUUAAAAAUAUAUUUGCUGACAUUCUGGAUUUGAUACUAUAGAUUUGACAAAAUAUAUUUACUAGUAUAGAUUUAAUAGCAUAGCUAUCAGCUUCUAAUAAUUUAAUAGUGGAAGUUUAUUGUUGGACCGCAAGAACGCAGACAGUGACAGCUAAGUCUUGGCAGGUUUGCAUCUCGUGGAGAAACGUCGAGCAAGGCUCCGAGCUUGAUGCCAUUGCUUCAUAUCAUUGGGCUGACAGCCUGAGGCAGAUGGCCCCUUCGGGUAUUCGUUCUGGGGUUGCCGGGAAGUCUACGCGGCUUCGCUGGGUUUCAUGAUUAUAGGGAACGCCCCGCGCGCUCUUGUAGGUGGCUUCUUCUCAUCACUAUAAGCCCCGCGCGGUCGUCUACGUUGGUACCCGUGUAGACCUACGUGGGCCUUCUUGGUGAGAUGGAUGCGCGUCGUAUGAGGCUGGGGCGUGUUUUGAGAGGGUGCUUGGAUGGUUUUCGUGCGCGGCUUUGAACUGUUCAAAGCUGACACAGGCAGGAUCGAUGGCACGGACAUGGAUUCAGCUACGGGCGUGCGUCGUUUCAUCUAUUUAGAGGCGCUGUGCCAUCUGGAAGCGCUGGGCUAUCAGGAAACGCUGGGGGCCCUUGGGUUGUUGGUCGUUUGUCGCUUUUGGACCUUGAUGCGCUGGGGCCUACAGGUUUCUUGGAAGUCUUUCCGGUGGGGCUUUGUCGCUGCUUGCGACUGGGCUGAGAGAUUGAAGCCAACGCUGGACAUUUUCUACCACCGAACGAGAGAGAAAAGAAACCAGGGGCGCCCGCGUCCAUGAUGCUAAGCUUGUCAGGCCUUGGGGUAGUGUGCUGGCCCAGAUUGUUAGAGGCUGGCUCAUGAAGGCUUUUCACCUAUGAAAUCGCCGCGGGCUUUGUCACUCGGUUGCCCCUUGUUCUUAAAUGAACUGGAAAGCGGUGGAAGCUGUGGCCCUUAUCGUGGCCAGCCUGUCUAUCUUAGGGAGGCCGUUCGCCUAUGAGGUCGCUUCUGUGCUUCUCACUCGGUUGGCCCUGAGUCUGGGGGGUUGUGGCAGUCGUGUCUUGCGGUGGCUUAGGUUAUGGGGGUUGUGUCCUAAGUUGUGGCGAGUUGUGGAGGCUGUGCGCUAAGUUUUAUGAAGCAGCCCCGUGAAAGAGUCGCGCUUUAUUCUUUGGCUGUUCGAAUUUGAACACCAUGAGGCCCCGAAGAAUCGCGUGAGCCUUAUGGUGUUCAAAUUCGAACAGCUUGAGAGCGGGGCUGGGCCUUUUCGUAUGCUCUCCGUCUGCGCCCAACUCGCCACAGCUUUCACAGCUUCCACAACUUAGAAAACAGCCGCAACAACUUAGGCCACAACUUGGGCCACCGCUCCCACAACUCUGACAACCCAGGGCGCAGCUUCCGCAGCUUUCCAAAGCUUGAAAGUAAUAAAGUGCAGCCUUUUCGUAGGGUUUUGGCUUUUCUAAUAGUCUCAGACUUGCUGCGAUUAGUCUUGAUUUUGCUGUGACUAGUCUACUUAGACGAGUCGCGAAAUUACUGCGACUCGCCUCGUCAUUUCUUGCGGCUGCGAUUGGUCAUAGCCUCAGUCAGUCUGACUGUGACCGGCUUCAGACUUGUUGCGACGGGCUUCAAACUUCUUACGAAUGGUCUCAGACUUACUGCGACUGGCUUCAGACUCACUGCGGCGGGCCUCUCAGAUUUGCUGUGACUGGUUUCAGGCUUCUUGCGAUUGGUCUCGCGCCCGCUCACUGUGACCGGCCUCGGGCUUGCUGUGGUCAGUCUCGUACCGCGUUCGUCGGUCUGUUCGACUCUUAACACCCUCAGAAGCUGGCGCCUGUGUAUUGUAUUCUGAUUGUGUUAAGAUUCGAACAGCCAGACAAACUCAAGCAGAGACUAGGCGCGGCAAGUCUGAGACUUUUAGUUUGGGGCCGUCGUUGUAAGUUUGAGACUAGUCGCAGGACGCUUGAGACUAGUCGCGGGAGGCUUGAGACCCGUCGCAGUAUUAAGUUUGGGGCUAGUCACUAGUCCCAGCACUUUUGAGACUAGUCACAGCAAUCUUGAGACUAGUCGCAGCAAUUUUGAAACUAGUCCCGGCAGGUUUGAAGCUGGUCACAGUAAGAAAGCUUGAAGCUAGUCCCAGCAAGCUUGGGGCUAGUCGUAGUAACGGCCACAACCGCCACAACUCGGACGCAACUCGUCGCAGCUUCCACGGCUUCGGAGUAAUAGGGCCAGGCUUUUGCGUAGGUGUUUGGUCUUUCUAAGAGGUGAAAGACCCCAGCCGCCUGCAGCCUUAACUAUGGCUGAGGCGUUUGGAGUAGCGCCCCUCUGCCAACAUUUACUUUGCCUCAUGUUGACAGGCUAUAGAGAUGGCCACUGCUCUAUAUAUGCGGCCUCUACGUUUCCCGACGGUACCCCCUCCAUAGGCCUCUCUUAUUGUAACGAAAUUCCGAAGCAGAAGCCCCCGAGAUAAUCGCGAUAACGUUGCAGGACAAAGAGACACUAUCUUUGUCGUGUUUUUUCUUCGAGAUGAAUCCUGAUCAAAACGGGGGGGAGACGGGGUAUUUCCAAUGGUAUGAUGACAUAGCCGCGGAUGUGGGUAAACAAAAUGGUGGAAAAGAUCCGAUAAUCAUCCGACAGGUUGAGGUGUCUGAAUUAUAAAAAGUAAAAAACAAGUGAUCGAAAAUUAGUUUGGAUGAGAUGAAUGAAAAUGAUCAAUAUCAAGCAAGUAAUGGAAAUGAUUAAGCUGUGAGUUUUUUAUUGUUUUUUUAGCUGUCUAUCUCCCGAGCAGCACAUUGACCUUUGCUGUUCUUGAUCUACUCUGCGAAUUAGGCUUACCUGAAUUUCGACUGAUGAACAAUCUUCAACUUGUAUGGAGGACCUCACGGAGUGGGAAUUUGUAUAGCUGAAAUAUGAGAAUGUGCCUCAAGGGUCAUUUUUCGACAAUAAUGGAACUACUACAUCACUCACAUGUAUUUGUUGACUGUGCCAGCCAUCCAAAUGACACGCCUUGUUCCAUGAACAACGUACCAAAAUGUCACGAAACCAACUGUCUCUCGUCUUGCAGUGCAUUCUACUAAACAACAAAGAGCAACAGCAGAACAUAAAAAAAGGAAUUUUGAUGCCGCCGACCCAUAUAAAUGGGAAGGUCAGGGGGCCACGGAUAGUUUAAACGAUGUCAGAUUGAUAUACAUUCUGAAGACUCAAGACGCUCAACUUAGCACUUACACGUUUCAUGACCAUCUUCAGAGGCAAUGUCUUAGUUGGACUUGGUGUGGCGAGGACGCACAUUCUGGGUGGAAAGGUGCAAAGGUGUUUGUCAAAGAUGCUAGGAGGGACGCAG